GUCUCAGUCUGAGCUCGCUUGGAUUUCUUCUCUCUCUUGCGGAAAAAAAAAAUGGCUUCUUUUAUAGAAGCCUUAAAGGAAAUCCCUAAAAUUCAAGUGAAUUUUGAACACUUCAGAAGGGAGCUCGUUUUGUGAAAGAACCACCACUCCCUGCAAUAGAUUCCUGACAAAAUCAGGUAAAUAUUCAUUAUUUAUCUGGGUGGUUUUGGGCAAACUAAAUGUGUACAUAUGAUUGCUAGGGUUCUGUAUAACAUAGCUGCUUGGAGCCCCUUGAUCUGAACCCUCAAUUUGAGGUUAGAAUCUUACUCCAAACCACUAAUUUAUAAUUUCUAGUUCAGUCUAUUGACUUACAGAAAUGGCUGAUGAUGGAGUUAAUGAAACUCAGAGAAUGGAUCUUAACCUAUACAUAGGCCUUCCUUUGAUGCCUCAUACUGGUUUAGAACUAGAAUCAGUUCCAGUGCCAUUACUAAGAGAGGAUACGCAUGUUCCAAUUGAUACCAUAGGGUUAAGUGAUUCUUCUCGUAGUGUCAAUGCAACAAUUCAACAGCCAUUAUCAGUGGAUGGCAGUCGGUCCUCAGUUCAAAUGAAUUCUUCAGAAUAUUCAGUUGAUUCUCCGGUUACUCAUAGACAUCGUUGGAGAAGAUGGCCAAGGCCAUAUAGGCGUAUAGACUUCCAUGAAAUGGACUCUAAUGCCCUUAUGGUUACAUUAGAUGAGAUAAGAAAUUCCUUAGACGAAGAUAGGGAUACAAUCCGUGAUAUUUUACCCUUAGAAAGAUCCACUGGAACAUCAGAGACACUAAAAAAAGUGAUGGAAGAGGCUGAAGUUCAGGAUUUAGGGGGGAAAUUGAAUAAACAGAACAAUGCGGCAGCUAACUUUGAGUGUAAUAUUUGCUUGGAUUUAGCAAGAGAACCUGUUGUUACAUCUUGUGGCCAUCUCUUUUGCUGGGAAUGCCUCUAUCAAUGGCUUCAUGUUCAUUCUGAUUCCAAGGAAUGCCCUGUAUGUAAAGGAGAGGUUACGGAAGCGAAUAUAACGCCAAUAUAUGGUCGAGGAAGCAGCACAAAUAAUGGCUCUGAGAAGAAAUGUGAGGAAGAGGGGGGUUUAAGCUUGAAUGUGCCUCCGAGACCUCGUGGACAGAGAAUCGAGAGUGCAAGACCAAGACUUCAUCGCUCCUUUAAUAGACGAUUAGGGGAGGAUUUUAGAUAUUGGCAUGGAUUACGCCAUUGGAGUAGAGCUGUUGGGCAAGAAGGGAUCCUUGAUGAUUCUCUAAUUGAUCAUAUUCGUAGACCAGAGAGGGAUUUGUCUGGAAAUGAUGUAGCUGAGUCGUUAUUAGAACCUCAAAGUCAACGCGAUGGUGUUGAUGGGGGAUCGAGAGGUAGUGCUCUUGUUAGAAAUGGGUUGGAUUUGUGGAACCAUCUUUCUCUCACUCGCAUACGUAGAUCUGGAAGGCUUGCUGCUUUAAGUGCCAGGCUUGCUGAUAUGGAAAGCAUGCUUGAAAGGUUGGCUAGGAUAAAUAAUAUGCUUAUAAGUUCUGGUGCUUCUCCUUCUGUCAACCCGGAAAAUUCACGUGAUCUUGGUACACAAGGAACUUCUCUACAUGAAGAUCAGGUUUCAGUUUCGAGCACAGUUGCUAUCUUACAGGUGGAAAAUGGGGUUGUUGAUGCCUCUAAUGAGCCGAGUAGUUCUGGCUCUUCCAACUUGCUUAGAAGAAGAAGAGCUGGUGCAUCUGGUUCUUCAGACGUAGAUGGAGAAGUUUACCAUGCUCGAAAGAGGCGAAGGUUAAACUAGUUUCAAGAUUGGUCUAUUUCAAAGCCAUCUGGUGAAACACUUGUUUAAGUCAAACAAUGGCUUUCUUGAGUUUUUGAGACGGUUGAAGACAGAAGCUUGUUACAUAUCAACAUAAUUUAUAUUUGACAUGAAUUAGUGGAUAAUGGAAUAUUCCAGUUGAAUGUCUAUGUUGGCAAUUCUGAUUUCUUUGCAAAUAACAUAUUUACACCUUUGAUGUGUGGGAAAUACUGUCUAUAUGUACCUUGGAUAGAAGUGACUUUGAUAUAUGCUUUAAAUCUGGUAAGCUGUUAUUUGGAAUGCAUGUGUAAGAAAUAUUGUACUAGGAUGAAAUUGAUUAUUUUUCUCUGGAUAUAAAUCCUUCUCAUUUAUGGCAUAUAUUAAUUUGAGACAUGUUUACAAAACUAAGUUUCACCAAAACUAAACUUUUGAUUAUGAAAGAUCAGCAUCUUCGUUGUUGUCGUUAUCAUCAACAUCAUCAUUUGACCGUUAUCCCAACUAUUUGGGGUCAGUUACUCAAAUUUUGUUCUGCCAUUCUGCUCUAUCAAGGGCCAUAACCUUAGUCAGACGAUAAGUCAUCAUAUGUCUUCUCACUACUUCCAUCGAUGUCCUUUUGGACCUUCCCCUUGUCUUUUUAGAGUUUUUUAUUUGAACCAAAUUGCCCCCCCUCUUAACUAGUGCUAUUCUAGGUCGACCCUGCACAUGGCCAACCCACCGAAGUUCACUUUUCAUCAUCUUAUCACCUAUUGGAGCUACCCCUAAGUU